AUGGCUUCAGAGAAAGCUUCAAAUAUAACGCCAUAUAGCAAGCCUCCAAGUAACAGAAAGUUUAGAAACAACCUUAAAUAUAAAGGAAAAGAGAGUGAUUUCGAGUCUACACAAAAGAAGCUGCAAAAUAGGAAACUGGAUAAAGCUCGUCAUAAAAGAACAACAAAACCACCGAGGGAAAGAAGUUUGAAGUCUAAGGCGAUAGAAAGCAUUUCCCACUUGAUAGGCUCUCUAGUUUAUAGCGUGAUUGAUAUUAGUGUUACGAUUACAGAGAAGUUGCCAUUCGGACCUCAAGUGAUAACGUACGUUUGCAGUAAAAUAAUUCGAUAG